AUUUAUAGGCACCAUGAGGGCACUUGUUUCUCUGCAAUGAAGAACUAUUCGCUUGCCUAAACAGGGCAGCUAGGAAAAAAAAGAAGAAGAAGAAGCUAAAACGAGCUCACGUUUGUAAUUCCCUUAUUGGGUUUUCUUUAUUUUCCAUUUUCCCCUUUUCUCUUGGGUGUGUUCUGUGAGUUGUUAUGAUACGUAUGAUGAGCUGUUCAAAAUCCUCCAUUUUUUUUUAUUUUCUCUAUCUGGUUUCGCUAAUUUCGAAGUCAUAGCUUAGCCUCUGUUCCUUCUUCCUUGCUUCUUUCACACGUUAUUAUUGUUAUUCUUCACUCUCAACCUCCUAUCUCUAUAUAUAUAUAUAUAACAAAACCCUCAUCCCCACCAGGAACCGAAGAAGCUCACCUGUUGCUUGUUGUUUGUCGCCUGUGAAUUUGUUUUGAUAAUAUUGAUAUGGGGGAAGAGAGAAUGAUAGUUGUGAGAGAGUUUGAUCCGAGCAGAGAUGGAGUUGGUGUUGAAGAAGUGGAAAGAAGAUGUGAAGUUGGUCCCAGCGGGAAGCUCUCUCUCUUCACCGACCUAUUGGGUGACCCAAUUUGCAGGGUCCGCCAUUCCCCUGCUUUCCUCAUGCUGGUGGCGGAGCUGGGUGAGGAGAUAGUGGGGAUGAUAAGAGGUUGCAUCAAAACCGUUACAUGUGGCAAAAAGCUAUCCAGACAAGUCAAAAUCUCUGCCGCCGCCGCCACCACCACCACUAAUGACCCUCCGAAGCCUCUCCCAGUUUACACCAAACUAGCUUACAUCUUAGGCCUUCGGGUCUCUCCUUCUCAUCGGAGAAUGGGAAUUGGCUUAAAAUUGGUUCGCACUAUGGAGGAGUGGUUUCGCGAAAACGGAGCUGAAUAUUCUUACUUAGCAACUGAAAACGACAACCAUGCAUCCGUUCAGCUGUUCACUGAUAAAUGCGGUUACUCUAAGUUCCGUACGCCUUCCAUCCUCGUCAAUCCAGUUUUCGCUCACAGAAUCCCCAUUUCAAACAGAGUCACCAUCUUCCAACUCGACUCUCAUGAUGCUGAAUUACUCUAUCGACGCCGUUUCUCCACCACCGAGUUUUUCCCCCGCGACAUUGACUCAGUGCUUAAUAAUAAACUCAGCUUGGGCACCUUCCUGGCCGUGCCGCGUGAUAGUUAUAAAUCAGAUUCCUGGCCCGGGAUUGAUAAGUUUUUAUUCAACCCGCCUGAAUCUUGGGCCGUGCUAAGCGUGUGGAACUGUAAGGACGUGUUUAGACUGGAAGUCCGUGGAGUGUCGCGCGUGAAGCGCACUUUCGCCACUACAACGAGAAUGGUUGACAAGGCGUUGCCGUUUCUGAGAUUACCAUCGGUGCCUGAGGUGUUCCGGCCGUUUGGGUUGCAUUUUCUAUACGGUCUUGGCGGUGAAGGCCCGCGCGCAGUGAAGAUGAUAAAGGCGUUGUGUGCAUAUGCGCACAACUUGGCGAAGGAGAGUGGGUGUGGGGUGGUGGCCACGGAGGUGUCAAGUCGCGAACCGCUUAAGUUAGGAAUUCCACACUGGAACAUGCUAUCAUGCGCUGAGGACUUAUGGUGCAUCAAGAGGCUUGGGGAGGACUACAGUGACGGGUCCAUCGGUGACUGGACUAAAUCACCCCCGGGCACGUCCAUUUUUGUUGACCCCAGAGAGUUCUAAACUUGUAAAAGUCAUGCAAAAGAAAAUCUGGAAAGCUAAAUUAGUAGGGUAACGACACAAAGAUAAAAAAAAAAAAGGUUUUUCUCUAAAAAAUUUCAUCUUUAUUUUUGGGUUUAGUAGGGUUUUUAAUGUGGAGAAUUUUGGGGGAUACAAAAAGAGGGAAGGAGAAGAUAUGGGUAAUUUUGAUGUAGAAGGGAAUAUCCCCACUUUUGUUUAGUUCUAAACUUUUUGUAAAUGGAUGUGGCUUUUUUA